GCGAGCCCAGAGAGGUUGGUGUUAAGUUUAACAUGCAUUUAAGCCUUGCGAAGACGCUCAGGAGAGUUUGUUCAGCUAGCCGGCUAGCGACGCUCCCUUGCCUUGUUUCCGGCGGGGGCUUUUUGAUUAUGAUCAUGGUGACAUCGAAGCCAUGUGGCAUGCACGUAAAGUGGGCGGCGCGGUUGUUCCCAUGUCUUAAUAGAAGAUUCAAAAUGCUUCAAAUUGCCUCUUAUAUUUUUUAUUUUUUUUAUUUCGUCUUGUCUUCCUCGCUGUUUCUGUAUACUCCGCUUCGCAGCCUUCACCUUCACUCUUUUGGUGAUUGAUUUGGUACUCAACAUGAAGGCCCCCUCAUUGCUUCUCGUCGCAGCGGCGACAUGCUCGUUCGGCGCCGCUAUACAGGCCCGGGAGGAAUCCUUCUCUGAGCAGCUGUUAGAUACUCUUGAAUCAUUUCCUUCGUCGGAUCCCAUCGUGUCUGAGUUGAGCGCGGCGAUCCGAAAUUCAAGCGCGCUCUUAGAUCAAGCCCCUAGUCAAAACAGUGCUAUCAGCGCUCGAGCAUCUACCUUCCAGGCGCAAGUUGCGUGCCAAUUGCUUCGCUACAUCCUCCCCGACUCUUAUACAGAUGCUACAACAAACCAAACUAACUACGUUACGUUACGAGAUAAAAAUUGGUCGAGUAACUGUGACCUCCCCGCGGCCUGUUUCAUUACCCCGGAACAUCCUAUUCAGGUGGCUGUCGCGCUGCAAGUGAUUAGUAGGGUGCAAUCCAACUUCGCGGUCCGAUCUGGCGGCCACAAUCCAAACCCAGGUUUUGCGGGCAUUGGCCAGGACGGUGUCACGAUCGAUACGCAGCGCUUUUCACACCUGAGCUUGAGCGCGGAUAAGUCGUAUGCGACUGUUGGUGCUGGCCUUCGCUUCGGACCCGUUCAGGAAUAUCUCGAUUCUCAAGGUGUCGCGGUUGUGUCUGGCCGCAAUAAGUAUGUGGGCGUGUCCGGACUGCUCUUAGGCGGUGGUCAUCCGAUCAUCAACUCCCUCACAGGACUUGCCGCAGAUAACAUCAAAAGCAUGGAAGUCGUGCUUUCGGAUUUCAGAGUUGUUACCGCAAGCAGAACUGAGAACUCGGACCUAUUUCGUGCCUUGAAAGGGGGUGGGAAUAACUUCGGUAUUGUUACGAAGUUCGAGCUGUACACCAAGAUGCCGCGGAAUCUCUGGUACCGCAAUGCCAUCUACGCCGCUUCCGACGCGAAAGCAGUCUUUCAGGCGCUGGCGGAGGUGCAGAAUAAUAUGGAAGAGGACCCCAAAGCUGGUAUCCAGAUGACCUGUUCCCCUGAUGGUUUCACUGUCGCUUUUGUCUACGGCGAGCCUACAAACGACCCUGCUGUAUUCGCGCCGUUCAGCAAAUUGGUACCGACGUCUGAGAGGACUCCUCCUAUAAAUGGCACGACUUUGGAAUUCAUUCAACUCCAAAGUCCACCGCAGCCCGAAGCCAGUCGCGAUACCGUGGGUGUUACCACGAUUCCUGACGCAGACCUGUAUCUGGACCUCUACAACCAAUACCUUACUAUAAACGCAGCUAACAACGGCACUUCCGCCGCGUUUCUCCUCGUUAUCCAGACCUUGGGCGCAGCAGCAGUUCGGGUAGCCGAAUGCAACGGCGGAAACGCUCUAGGGACAUCCGAGCGAGCUCUCACGCUUUGGAACCCCAUCUCGACGUGGACAGACCCGGCCGAUGGCAAUAAAGUUCACAAUGUUCUAACGCAGAUCGGAAACUACAUCAAGGACCAGUCACAGGCUAAGAACCUGUACGACCCUCUCAUCUUCGCUAAUAUCGCGGCGCACGACCAGAAAGUGCUCGCGAGCUACGGUUCGCAGAACCUGAACUUCCUGCUGGGUGUGAGCCAGAAGUACGACCGCAGCAGCACCUUUCAGAGACUACAAAAUGGGGGUUUCCUGGUUUCUAGAUCAUAAAGGAAAUGUCUACUGGUAAUACUAUGUACAUAUCAAGUUUUACAUAUACGUAUUAAUUUUAAUCUCCCGGGGGCACAGGGUUCCUGUAACUCCUUGCCGUACGUAAUUUUGGCCCUUUGCACGUCUGUACAUGCGCCACGCCGUUACAACAUUCAAAUAAUAGCCGUUGCUAAGUUAGCUGCUAGAUAAGGACCUGAAUGAGAUUGCUUAAUGCAU